CCGUUUUUUCCUCAAUCAACUCUCAGUUCUCGACGCGUAAACAUUGCAUUUAACAAUCGAGCUCAGUGUUUUACUUUGUGUUUUCGCGUGAUUUUAUUUGUGUUUUGUAUUUAAACCAUUUGGAUUUGGUUAUACAUUGCGUUCCAGAAGUGUUGAAUAGACGCAGACGGUUAAAUCUGAAUUCCGUUGUAUUUUAAACGCCUAUUGAGAGAGAGAGCUCCCAUAGUUCACGCCCCCUCACUUGUGACGUCGUCGAAUGCAAAUGCAGUGUGCGCGGCAAGUUAAUUGAAUUCGAUUUGAUUGCACUCGCGGUGGGAAAAGAUAUAGCGGCUACGUGAUGGAUAGAAAAUUCCUAAUGAUUCUGAUCCUGGGCUUCGGCUUUAUGUUCGUUUUCACGGCGUUCCAGACCAUGUGUAACAUAGAGAAAACCAUACUGGACAGCAUUUCCCAGGAGGAUGAGAGCUUCAAGGGUGAGGGCUAUACCAGUCUGGCCAUCAUCUAUCUGUUCUUCUCGCUCUCCAAUUGGUUGGCACCCUCGUUUAUUUCGUUUACGGGUCCCCGAGUUGCCAUGGUCGUGGGCGCAUUGACAUAUACGGCGUUUAUGAUCACAUUCAUGUUCCCGUCCACGGUGUUGCUGUACGUGGGCAGUGCGGUGCUGGGAUUGGGAGCCUCGAUCACCUGGACGGGUCAGGGAACCUACCUGGCUCGCUGCAGUGAAUCCAACACCAUCUCCCGCAAUUCGGGCGUCUUUUGGGCCCUGCUGCAGUGCAGCAUGUUCAUUGGCAAUCUGUUCGUGUACUACCAGUUCCAGGAUAAGACCCGCAUCGACAAGGAGACAAGGAACCUGGUCAUUGGAGUGCUCACAAUAAUCGCCAUUCUGGGCAUCGUGUUCCUGGCCGCCCUGAGAUUUAUGGCUGACAAUGCCGAGCAUGACAACGAACUGGAGCAGAAGCACACGGGCUGCGGACAGGCAAUGUACGCAUUGAAGUCGGCAGGACAGUUGUUCCUCACCAAGAAGAUGCUGCUUCUCAGCUUGGCCUUCUUUUAUACAGGCCUGGAACUGUCGUUCUUCAGUGGCGUUUUUGGCUCAGCUAUUGGCUUCACCACGAAAAUUGCGGAAACGCCGAAGGAGAUCGUGGGCCUGGUGGGCAUUUGCAUUGGAGCCGGCGAGGUCUUCGGAGGCGGACUCUUUGGCAUACUGGGCAACAAGACGACGCGUUAUGGACGCGAUCCCAUCGUGAUUGCCGGCUAUGUGAUGCACAUGGCAGCCUUCUUCAUGACGUUCAUCAACCUGCCGAACAGCGCACCGUUCAAAGAUACCACCGAAAUAUCCUACCUGGAUCCGCCUAGAGCCAGCAUUGCCCUGAUCUGCGCAUUCCUAUUGGGUCUGGGCGAUGCCUGUUUCAACACUCAGAUUUACUCGAUGCUGGGCGGCGAGUAUGUAAACAAUGCGGUGGGCGCAUUUGCCCUGUUUAAGUUCACCCAGUCGGUGGCGGCUGCGAUCAGCUUCUUCUACUCUUCGCACUUCGGGCUGUAUGUGCAGCUGGGCAUCCUGGUGGUCAUGGGAACCAUCGGAACGAUCGCCUUCGUCUUCGUCGAGUGGGGCUUCAAGCGGCAACACCGGGAGCAGGAGGCUUUGGAGAAGUAAUCCCGCCUGGACUGGACUGGACUGGACUCCUAGGAUCUAGAGUAUUAGCUGCAGGUUCUCGUUAGGGCUUUAGGACUAUAGCCAUUUGUCCGCUUUUGUUGAAUUCCUCGGAAUGCGUUGAUUCCGUGCGACUGCGUCGUCUUCCUAGACAAUAACUGUUAAGUGUUGUUGCGCGCUGCUGUUGCAUUCGUAGGUAUUUUAUUGUUGGCAUUCCAAAACGUAAUUAUAAUCUAGUUGUCUAUGUUUUGAUAUGUGUGUAUUGUAUAUGUGCGUUUAUUUAUUGAGAUUGUGCAAUUGUAAAUUAUCUAAACCACAGAUUUGGAGUAUUAUAAGAAAAAGGCACAACCGUGCAAAUAUAUAAUGAAUUUUAAGAAAAGGGAAUUGUUUUUUAAUACACAAGGACAAAUUUUAGCAUGAAAAAGUAAAAUGGGUGUUCUUUCUCAAUAUAACUUAGUUUUAAUCAUAUAAUUUAAUAAUACUUGAGAUAGUUUUAAAGUAUUUAUUAAAAUUAAUUGUGUAUUAAACUUAAAUUAGAAACGUUUGUUAAUAUGAUUAAAACUACUUUAAAGACAUUUUAUAGUAAUACAGUUUUUGAAGGGUUACGUUUUGUAAUUAUGUAUUAUGCAAAUGAAUAAUAAAAUCAUUUAUAUUUUUAAA